AUGGCUCUCACAAACUUUCUUGUUUGUACUCAUCUUUCACUUGUCGGUUCUUGUUCUCACUACUGUUCCGAUGCUGAGAUAACAGUUACCAAGAAACGAAAACGUGUGCAACAAGUAACCUAUGAUGUUGAACAACCUGAAUCUGUUUGCAUACAUCUAUCACUUUCUUGUCACUGCAUGGAUGGAACACAAAUCACUAAGAAAACAAAAUGUUCCCAACAAGCGACAAAUCUUGAUGGUUCUUGGAAGAUCAAGAAGGUGCUAGAAAAGAGUGAUCUUGGCAACAAUUGUAGACUUUUGGUGAGUAAAGAAUUGGCUAAGGAGUUUGUGAUUCCUUACCUGGCCGGUGGUGCGGAGGCUGCUAAGGAAAAAGAAGGAGUUGAAGUUCGAAUAUUGGAUAUUGACGACAACACUCUCCAUUCUCUCAGUUUCAAGAUAUGGACUUCGGUUCAAAGUUACGUUUUCACCAAGAGAUGGAUCAGAGAAUUUGUUCAUCAGGAGGAACUUAAAAAAAGGAGAUGA